CGCGGCUCGGGACCCUUCGCCCGUGUCCAUCACUCCGUGCGGAAACGCCGUCGGCAUGUCGGACAAGCUGCCUUACAAAGUAACUGACAUCACCCUGGCCGCCUGGGGACGCAAGGCCCUGGACCUCGCAGAGAAUGAGAUGCCGGGCCUGAUGCGCAUGCGGGAGAUGUACUCGGCCUCCAAACCACUGAAGGGCGCCCGCAUUGCCGGCUGCCUGCACAUGACCGUGAAGACAGCUGUCCUCACUGAGACCCUCGUUGCCCUGGGUGCUGAGGUGCGGUGGUCCAGCUGCAGUAUCUUCUCCACCCAGGACCAUGCAGCAGCUGCCAUUGCCAAGGCUGGCAUUCCAGUGUAUGCCUGGAAGGGUGAUACAGACGAGGAGUAUCUGUGGUGCACUGAGCAGAGGCUGUACUUCAAGGACGGGCCCCUCAACAUGAUUCUGGAUGAUGGUGGUGACCUCACCAACCUCAUCCACACCAAGUACCCACAGCUCCUGUCAGGCAUCCAAGGCAUAUCCGAAGAGACCACAACGGGGGUCCACAACCUGUACAAGAUGAUGGCCAACGGGAUCCUAAAGGUGCCUGCCAUCAACAUCAACGACUCUGUCACCAAGAGCAAGUUUGACAACCUCUAUGGCUGCCGGGAGUCCCUCAUAGAUGGCAUCAAGCGGGCCACAGACAUGAUGAUUGUGGGCAAGGUGGCGGUGGUAGCGGGCUAUGGCGACGUGGGCAAGGGCUGUGCCCAGGCCCUGAGGGGCUUCAGGGCCCGCGUCAUCAUCACAGAGAUCGACCCCAUCAACAUGCUUCAGGCUGCCAUGGAGGGCUAUGAGGUGACCAUCAUGGAUGAGGCCUGUCAGGAGGGCAACAUCUUUGUCACCACCACGGGCUGUAUCGACAUCAUCCUCAGCCGGCACUUUGAACAGAUGAGAGAUGACACCAUUGUGUGUAACAUCGGACACUUUGACGUGGAGAUUGACGUCAAGUGGCUGAACGAGAACACUGUGGAGGUGAACAUCAAGCCCCAGGUGGACCGCUACUUGUUGAAGAACGGGCGCCACAUCAUCAUUCUGGCCGAGGGCCGGCUGGUCAACCUGGGCUGUGCCAUGGGCCACCCCAGCUUCGUGAUGAGCAACUCCUUCACCAACCAGGUGCUGGCGCAGAUUGAGCUGUGGACCCACCCAGACAAGUAUCCUGUCGGGGUCCACUUCCUGCCCAAGAAGCUGGAUGAAGCAGCGGCUGAAGCCCACCUGGGCAAGCUGAAUGUGAAGCUGACCAAGCUGAUUGAGAAGCAGGCCCAGUACUUGGGCAUGUACUGUGACGGCCCCUUCAAACCUGAUCACCACCGCUACUGAGAACCAGGCCUGCCCUUUGCCUUCCAGCUGCUGUCCUUGCCUGGGUCCCGCCUCUCCUCCCCAAGAGCACAUGGCACCAC